CACACACACACACACAGUAAUGAACAGCUUGAACCUGCGUUUCCAAAGAGUGAAAGUUCCCAAAAUGUAAAUAAAUAAUCACGUGCAGGAACAUAUUUAGCUUUUAUAUAAAUGUAAUAUCAGUAACAAUCGUCCCCUGACACCUGACAGGUGAUUCCAGCUGGUUUAAGACCAGUUUACUGACAACAUUAAAUGGGAUCACUUCAACGAGAAAGUGCAUUUGAACCAGCAGAGAGUGAAUUUCAUCUGUGAGUUUAAAGGAAUUCGUUUUUUGGUGCCUCCGCGUUCCUGUUCGGGUCGAACCUUGUGAACCAAACAGCAUCCGCAGCAGAAGAAAGUAGGUCCAAACCAUUUUCUCCGUUUGCCUCUGUAAUGUCAACUGCCAUUGUUGGCCGCCGACUGUGCGCGCGUCGCUCCGCCCCUCCGUGUGUUGGAGUCUGAAUCCAGCGGGAUAAGGGCAACUCGUCUCCUCCUGCAGCCGAUCAGCUGGACUUCUUCCCAGGGAGGCAGAAGAAGCAAGAAGCCGGAGGGAGGGAGGGGGACGCAGGCAGAGAGCCGCCGGACAGACCCGACCGCAUCCAGCCAGAGCACGGGUGGCCACACCAUGUCCUUCAGCCCAAAGCACUCCACCCCCUUCUCAGUCACCGACAUUUUGAGCCCGAUGGAGGACAGCUACCGGAGGUUUGGAGGUAUGGAUCCCGCCGCGGGGAGUCUCGGGUCCCAGCUGGGCGCCUACCGGCAGCAGCAGGUCUCCCAGCCCGGCAUGCAGCAUCAGCAGCAGCCUCCUCAUCUUCACCACCACCACCACCACCACCAUCACCUGUCCUCCUCCUCUUCAUCCUCAUCCUCCUCCUCUUCCUCAGCCACCGCAGCAGCCGCUCUGGGACACGGUGGGCCCUAUCAUGUGCCCCACGGGGUGCCACAGUUCUCCGGGGCCGUCAGCGGAUUCUGCAACGGCGGCAUCGGGAACGUCGGAGACCUGCCGUCCUACCAGGAGACGGUGAGGAGCGGAGGGGCGGCAGCGGCGUGGUACAGCAGCCCGGAGCCCAGAUACCCGACAAUUUCCAGAUUCAUGGGCCCCUCCGCCGGGAUGAACAUGUCCGGGAUGGUGGGCAGCUUGGCCGGGAUGGACUCCACCGCCAAGUCCAUGGUGACGCUGCACACCGCGCCGCGGAGGAAGCGCCGGGUGCUCUUCUCACAGGCGCAGGUGUACGAACUGGAGCGGCGCUUCAAGCAGCAGAAGUACCUGUCCGCCCCGGAGAGGGAGCACCUGGCCGGACUGAUCCACCUGACCCCGAACCAGGUCAAGAUCUGGUUCCAGAACCACCGCUACAAGCUGAAGCGGCAGGCCAAGGACAAGACCACGCAGCAGCUGCAACAGGACGGAAGCAGCGGUGGAGGUGGAGGAGGAAGCGGUGAAGGUCUGUGCGCAACGACCCACCGCUCCUCCUCCGUGUCCCCGGUCCUCUCCAAGAACGGUAAGGCCUGCCGGAACGACUCCAGCGGCUCCAACCAGACCGGAAACCGACAGAGCAGCUCGGGGGAGGCCAUGACGGCGACCCCGCAGCAGCAGGUGAACCAGCUGUCGUCCACAGACGAGCUGGAGGAUUUGUCCCAAAGUCCGCCGAUGGGAUUGCACGGUCAGAUCAACAUGACGCAGACGGACGCGGCGCUAAUCGAGUACACACACAGCAUGAUCGGCUCCAAUUUACUGUACGGGAGAACUUGGUAGGGAUACCGGGAGGAGGACAAACGGGAUCGGGCCUUGGGGCAUCAUUCCCGGGUUGGAUUUUUGGGAGAACCGGCUGGAGGACAAAAGCAAGCACCGGACUUUCCGUGCGUAAAGUUCUGGUUCCUUUACGCACACAGAGACUCAAGAGACACUCAGUGGUUUUGAGCAAUAAGGUGCAAAACAGCCUGUAUAUUAGAGCCUCGAACCUGGUCUGAAUGUUGCUAAAAAUGUAUUUUCUCCCUCUUCAAAACGAAAUGUGUCUUUUUUUGUAACUGACAGAUGUGACUGCUGCUGCAUUUAAGCCCACGAAACAAAACCACGAAAUUGAAUUUGAGGAGAUUCCGGCUGAGGCACGCUCACCGUGCUUCCCAUUCAUUUGUAAGGCAAAUUAAAUUAUUGCAGGUUUAAAUAUAAAGUUAACUCAACCUGAAGCAAUAGAGGAAACUCCUCCCGGACGGAACUGCAGCUGUUUAUCCGUUCGGAUUUAAACGAAUUGAGAAAUAUUUUCAUUGGAAGUAAAGUCAUUAAAUAUUCUUUGUUACGGCUGAUUUUAAUUUGUUUCCAGUGUUGAAUAAAUGCUAUUUUCAUGUUGGACAUUUCAA